GUCCUCCAACCUGAAUGUUUCUCCUGUAACCGUGAUGGUGGACGGAGCGGCGAUGUCGUUAGGUCGCGCUGUCUGUUGCGGGUGUCAGCGUGCGAUCACCGACAGGUUCCUGCUCAGAGUCACCGACGGUCUCUGGCACGAGGAGUGCGUGCGGUGCGCGGCGUGCGGGGACGCGCUCAGGAGCACGUGCUUUCUGCGGGACCGCAAACUUUACUGCAAGAGGGAUUACACCGAUUUGUUUGCAGUGCAUUGUGGGAGCUGUGCGGAGGCCAUCUCUCCUGCAGAGCUGGUGAUGCGUGUGGGAGCCACUGUGUUCCACCUGCGCUGCUUCACCUGCAGCGUUUGCUCGUGCCGUCUGCGGACUGGAGACCUCUGCGUCCUCAGGCAGGGACAGUUACUGUGUGCCAGAGAGGACUACCACCGCUGCCUCAGCAGCCCAGCUUCUUCUGACACAGGUAAAAGUGAUGAGGAGGAGGAGGAAGAGGAACCUGAGCGGGCAGCAGGCAGGAAGAUUCGAUCAGAAGAGCUGGAAAGCAAACGUCCCAAAAGGCCGCGCACUAUUUUGACAACUCAACAACGACGCACCUUUAAAGCAUCAUUUGAGGUCUCCUCCAAACCAUGCAGAAAGGUAAGGGAGACCUUGGCAGCAGAAACUGGUCUGAGUAUCCGGGUAGUGCAAGUCUGGUUCCAGAACCAAAGAGCCAAAAUGAAGAAACUGGCCAGGAGGCAGCAGCAGCAGCAGCAGCAGCAGCAACAAGAAAAGCAGCACACACCGGAGCAGCAAGAGCACACGUCACAUCACACAGCGCCCUCCUGUGGCAGUUUCACCUCUGACCUGGAGCACCUGGGGUCGUCCUACUCCCUCAUUCAGCAGCAACAGAUGGAGGUCACCACCUUAAAGCAGCAGGACUAUGUUAUGGACCCCUUCAGUCAGGGCCUGACCCCACCUCAGAUGCCCGGGGACCACAUGCACCCCUACGGCUAUAAGGGCCUGUAUGGUGAACUGGACAGAGAUGUUCAAGAGACUGAUGACUGCCCGUCUCUAGGUGAUUCCUCUCUGCUCACCCCCAUUGACCGCCUCUACUCCAUGCAGGACUCAUACUUCACCUCUUGAGAGUGACGCAUCUCUCUCACUGUGUUAAUGGAUCACUUCCUCCUCUCGUCACUUCUCUGUGAGCACAAGGUGCAACAUGCUGUAAAUCAAUCAUCUGGAUGAGACGGUGGAUGUACGUUUUCCCUAUAAAAAUGAUUACAUGACUGCCUUGUAUGCUUUAUAGUCAUAGUAUACAAACAGGCUCACAUAUGUCCAACGCACAAUAAGACUCACACACAUGAAAUGUUCAGACCUCCACUUGUUUGAAUGGUAGAUUUUGAAAUUCUAACAUCUACUAAUGUAAAUAGUUGUUUGGGUGUGUAUUUAUAUUUAUUCUCACAUGCAUGCUACUCUUCUUGAAUGAUUCAAUAAUGAUCAAUAAAUGGUCAUCAAACAGUU